CAACAUAUUUUUUAAACUCUCACAGCAGAGGAAUCCAAUAAGAAUUCUGCUUGCUUUGUGUGCUCCUUGGUCUUUGUUCAAGGGAUCAGUUCUGGAGGCAUUAAAUACAUAUUUUCUAUCACUGGGCACCCAAAAAGCACAAUAUCUGCCCCUCUGAUUUCCCAAGGUAAAUUCAGAGCAAGCCAAUAUUCAACACUGAUCUCCCUAGGUUAGAUAGCAGCAAGAUGGCUGAAGUAGAGCUAAUCUGAUUGGAGAAUCUCCCUGCAUGUGUAAUUCUGAUGGGCCGCCUACAUUGGAGAGCAGGGGGUAUAAUGGGAGAAACACAGUGCAAUCCUCUAGCUACCCAUGCUCUAAGGACCAUCAUGAUCCCCAUAUUACCUAAGGAAAUGUUACAUAAGCUUAGUUUUCUCUUGCCAGGCUCACGUUGGACCCUUCUACCCUAGUCAUGGCACGUCCUUCAUCUCCGGAGCCUCUGCUGCCGGACCCUACUGUCCAUUAUACUGGUUUCACCCCUCGUGGCCAACACAGGAUUCUUCAACAAAGUCCUUCCAUCACAGAGGCCAAGAUGGACAUGCUGAGAAAAGUGCAGCCCCCCUCAAAGACCAACGUAUCUAUCUGUCCCACCCCCGGGUACCUACUGUGGCUGGAAAUCAGUCGACUGCCCCCGCUCUUGCCACUGCGCCCCGACAAACCCUACGACAGUGCUGUGUGGAGGCAGCUAACCGACACCCCCCAGGGUGCCUCGCCCACAGGUCCAAUACCGUCUCCCUCCCGAAUGGAGGACAACACAUGGCAGAAGUUUGUACUGUGCCGCAGCUCCUGGAAACGAGAGAGGGGAUCUCCAAGGCUGAGACUGCUCACCCAGUCUAGAGUGCCCCCUAUGGUUACUCAAGGAAACAUCAUUCCACCUAAGAGGAACGCUAAACAGAGGUCCAUAGAUGGAUUUGGUCCUUCAACGCUUGAUUCCAUCCCAGAGGCACCAGAUCUACCCAGCAACCUGCACCAACCGAAUAAACCCCACAAUAUCUCCCUUCUGGGAAACUCUCCUAAUAGGACAAUGAUCCUGCAGAGGUACAAGGAGCUGCAGGGCUCAGUGAGGAGUGUGGUGCCCAACAACAGCAGGAUGCCAACCCCUGGAGAGUUGCCCCAGGGCAUCGUAAGGUGACAAGCUGUGACAUAGAACAGAGGUCCACAACCACCGGGCCGAGGACUGUGCUGAACCGGCCACCUCUGGUACCAAUUACCUUUGAUCCCAACUCCAUGACAACUACUAUGUGAAGCCCAGGGAGCUUUCUACUGAUCACCGUCUACAGCAGCGGGUCACAACCUGUGGGUCGGGACCCCCUUGGGGGUGGAAUUACACUUUCACAGGGGUGGCCUAAUACCAUAAAACACAUAUUCCCGA